ACGGUUCUUGAUUUUCAGUGAAGUGUGUUAUAAUUUCAUUCAAAACAGACAGCGAUCGUCUGGAAAUGAACAUUCUUUAUUUAGACUGAAAGAUAUCAAUAUGUAUUCGACAGUAGUUAUAUUUGCAAGUUUAAGCAGUUGUUUCUUGGCAGAAGAUAUUCCUUUUUGUGAGGAUGGAUUUUAUUACAACCGAGGCGAAGUCGAGUGUGUUCAAUGUUCCGAAUGCGAAGGAGCUAAUCUUAUUAUCAGAGCCCCUUGUGGUGGUGAUCAGAACACUAUCUGUGGACCGUUUGUGGAGUUCGACAAAUUCCAUCAAAGUCCCAUUGAUAAUGUCAAGCCCAACCAAACUUAUGAAUGGUUUGACAAGACUGUUGAGGAUAAUCAGCAUACAAACUUUCCAACAACUGUUGACCAGGAUAAGAAAUGGUAUACUCUCGCCAUGGCCCUCCUUGGAGUAUUAUCUUUCAUUUCCCUUGCUGUUGGGAUAUACAUUAUAGCUGUGUGUUUUGUUUGCAAGAGGCGAAGGCGAGAAAAGGAAAUUAUAUAUGACCCAGAAGUGUGCACCACAGCGGGAGCCAACCAAAGCACCAGACUGGUGCAGUCCUCGGCAGUUCCUUCCAGGGACCGUCUCAAGACACAUCGGAACACAUACACGCUGGACGAGGACUACGAUGCUGAUAACAGCAAUCAGACAGUUUCAUCGACGUCAUCACAUUAUGUGUACUUCAAAACGGCUGAUCCACCGAAUGUUUGAAACAUACUUCUCACAAACAUAUAACUAAAAAGUUUAAAUGGUAUAUCUGUCAUGCGCGGGUUUUCCCUGCCAUCAUGGAACUAUAAGCUUGACAAUGCUUUGAUAAAAAAUCCACUCCAAAUAUUGACAUGUUUCGGCAUAAUCAGUAUGCUGCUUAUAAAUUGCAUUGCUUAUUAUUGAUAUGAACAAACAAGUUGUGUUAAUUACAUCAGCUGUACUAUUGUAAACAAGAUUUUUUUUGCAAAUCGUGUAUAGUUAUGUACAUUUUUCAGUCGUUUAUGUAAAUGGUACGUUCUGAUGUGUUUCGAUUUGAUACCAAGUUUUGUAUCCCUAGUUACAUUACAACGAAGAAUUAAGCCAUUAUCUUCUGAUCGCCAUGGGUGGACUUUUUGCAAAUAAUGGAAAGCAUGGCAUUAAAAUAGAUUAUAAUACAACCACCGGAAGUGAAAGGAAUAAUACAAGAGAGUCAUGAACUUUAUCCCUUUUAACUCAUUUUAUUAUUGUGAAAGGUGAAAAUUUUCUCGAUGGGUUUAACUUGUUCAUUAAAAUGCAUUUUCACUCAAGGGGCGGGACGAGAAACGCGUCGGACACCAAAUCGUAACAAUGGUUUAUUGGAAAAUUGACCAGCGUGCCAAAACAACACCGUGACCCGUUUUCCCAGGGUCAGCAAUUUAUCAUAAAAACAUAUGAAAAGGCUGCUAUAGUUUUGUUUUCAUCGAACGGAUAUGGGUCCUUUACACGCACUGUAUACAUUCAAUUCCUGUCCGGAAUAAAUUCUUUGUUAGUCCGAAACACAAUCUUACAAAUCUGAUGUGCAAUGAAUGGCGGGACUCGAGCAAAAGAUUUAAUUUAAUGAUGACCUCGAUUGUAUAUUAGCCCAACAAAAGUUUGACCCUUUUUGUUGAGUUCAGAUCAUUCAAGUCUUUGUUCAUUCAUAAAAUUUGAAUCGAUUUUAUUAGAAAAUUUGAUGCAUCUUUAUGUUGCAUGAUUUCUGCACAUCUCAGCUUUUUUUCUAUUCAGUGUUUGAACAUUUUUUACAUUAAACUUUCUCGUUUGUCAGAAACAAUUUACAUUAAGCUUUAUCGGAAGAAUCUAUUAUGUUAUUUAAGAUUGCUGUUCAUUUAUUUUUAUUUUUAUUGAUGGUAUAAGGAACAGGUAGUUCAAACAAUCCAAACUGAUUUAAAGUUCGUUUUUUUAACAUUUUAAGUAGUUUUCCAAAUAUUUGAAAGGUGUGCUAUAUUUGUUUAUUUGUUAUAUCUUUGUUACAUAAAAUUGAAUGUCAAGAUAAAUUUUCAUUGAUGUGAAAUGUCAUUUGAAUGAUGUUCUUUGAAGCUGAAAAAAAUGACAGAUAGUGAAUAAUUCCAGAUGUUUGUAUUUGUUUGAGUGUUCAUUUGAAGUUGUAAAUUAUACGAGUUUAGUCAAGUGACAUUAUGCAUUUUCAUAAGUUAUCCAGACUCCCACAUGUACAUCAUUUUCACAUAACUUUAGUUUUUCCCCCAUUAAUCAAAGGUCAUUAUAUAAAAUGUGUUCAUAUAUAGUAUUUAAACAGUGUUCUAAAUGUAACCACAGAAAGUGUUCAUAGAAAAUUUAGUGAAAAAUAUUUCAAAAACCGGUUAUUUAUCCAGAAAAUGUGGAGGAAUAAAUACAUUAUAGAAAAUUGCAUGAAAAACACUUUAAACUUGCCUUCAAACGAUUUUCAUUGUUCCAUUUCGUUCUUAUGCGCUGUGUGUGACAUAUAUGUAAUCUAGCUACUUUCAAUAUACUCCAGAAUAUCUCAUAUCUUACUUUAAUUCUGGAUUUUUUUUGUAAUUUCCGUCAAAUCAACGGAAAGAUUAAAUAUCUGAAAUGAUAUUUUACAUUCUAAAUCGGCUCACAACAAGGACUUGUUCAAUGUUGAUAAUUUCCUACUGUAUCGAUCAAUUCAUUUUAUUUGUCCAUUAAACUGAAUGUAAAAUGAAAUUUUUCAACUACUAACAUCAUGUGUUCAUUUUAUUAUAAUUAGUUGGGUUUUAUUUACAGAAGGAAUGUUGGGAGCCAACAUAUUAGUGAAGUUUUUUUUUUACUUUUUCCUUUUUCAAAACCUUGUGUCCUAUGUGUUCAUUGAUAUUCUGUCUUAAAGUGUUUAAGGUGAAAGUCAAACGACCUUGAAAAGGUCACGACCUAUUGAUUUUUCAUUGUUACUUGUUAUGAUCUGUGAUAUUCAUGUAAGAUUAUGUUCUUGUACAUAAACUAUCAAAUAUGUUUUUUUUUAUAAUUUAUUGAAAUUAAAAUUGAAAAUAUU